AAUCACUCACGCCCUUUUCAAGGUUUGGCUUGGAUAGUUAGGCUCUUAGCCAAUCGCGGUGGAGGGGGCGUGUCCAUCCCCCACCGGCAGCCUGUUCCGUUGUGUUCACGAGCUCCAUUUCAGUCUAGAAUGGCGACCGCCGUAUGCGGUCUGCAGUCCAACGGGAACAGCAGCAAACCGACGAAGACCCACCGGGAGCAACGGAGGAAAGUGAAAGACUCCAAGCGGCGACAGGCAGCUUUAUUGUUCCUGAGUAACAUUUCGUUAGAUGGCCGGCCGCAGUCCCAGCCCACCACAGAAAAUCAUGCCGAACAGACAGACAAAGUCGCCGAAGAGUCGAGACUCGAGGACCGUGAAGGCGGCGCGGCGGCCAUCCCUCUACCGACAGACUGUCAAGGACCUGUCACCCAGGUGACGGACCCCCCUGCGGUCAGCUGUGGCUCGUCGUCCAGCUUCCCGGGGGUGCUCAGCCCCAUUCGACCCUCUUUAGUCACGUCACCUGGACCGUCAAGCGCCAGCUCCGUGGGACCAAACGAGGUGUUCUUGGAAGGAGGCGGCGCGCUCGAGACGCUGACCCCGGACACCCCGCUGUCCCCCGUCGUCGUCCACCAGCCCUGCACCAGAGCCAAGUCCGGGCCUGCCGCCGUGAGCCCCGUCCCCGCCAACAACAGUGUGGAAUCACGGCAGAGGCUGAGGAACAUCUCAGGCUCUCCCGGACCCAAAGUGCCAAAGAAAGUCCACUUCAUCAAGAGCAUGAGGCAGUACGACACCAGGGGAUGCAGGAUCAUGCUGAUUUGUGCCAAGCGGUCGCUUUAUGCCGCUUUCUCAGUGCUUCCAUACGGAGACAAUGCUCAUCUCAGUGAACCAAAGGUGGACACUCAGAGACAGAGGCUGUCCUCUGUGGGAGCAGCUGAUCUGCUUCCUUCGCUGGAAGGGGUGGAGUUGGGCGCCAUAGGAAAGACCGUGUCCUACGCCCAGUUUCUUUAUCCCACCAAUGCUUUGGUGAGGCAGAAGAGCGUCAAUGCAGCCGACAACACGACUCCGCAGCCCCGUCUCCGCGGCAACGGUCAAAAGAAUUUCAACCCCAUUCGUGCCAACAGCAGUGUGGCCCAGGACCUGUACAUUGAGGAUGCCGCAGAGUAUGACCCCAACCUGCUCAGCGACCCCCAUUGGCCCUGCGGGAGGCACAAGAGGGUCCUUAUCUUCGCAUCAUACGUGACAACGGUUAUCGAGUAUGUGAAACCGUCUGACCUGAAGAAAGACAUGAACGAAACUUUCAGGGAGAAGUUUCCUCACAUAAAGCUGACGCUGAGCAAGAUAAGAAGCCUGAAAAGGGAGAUGAGGGCCGUGAGCGAGGAGUGCGGUCUGCAGCCGGUUACCAUAGCGAUGGCUUUUGUUUACUUCGAGAAGCUGGUGCUGCAGGGUCGCCUCAACAAGCAGAACAGGAAACUGGUGGCAGCAGCAUGCGUGCUGCUGGCUGCAAAGAUCAGCAGCGAUCUGCGGAAACCUGAAGUGCAGCAGCUGAUUGAUAAGCUGGAGGAGCGUUUCCGCAUCAACAGACGGGAACUCAUUCCUCUGGAGUUCUCCGUUCUGGUCGCCUUGGAGAUGGGGCUGUACCUCCCGGAGAGCAAGGUCAUGCCGCACUACCGCAGGCUGGUGCAGCAGGGGUAGAGGCUGCCAUUCUUCACAGAGACUCUCUUGGCAUUCAGUUUAUUUUCACUGUAAAUGAGGAAAAAAAAAUCUAGUUUACUCUGUUUGUCAAAUGCUGUCGACUCCACGGAGUGUGUGUGUGCGUUUUUGUACGUGAUGUCGAUGCAGUCAUGAACUCUAUGUUAGAGAUGUUCAUUCAGCACCUUGAUUGUGCUUUUAUUCUGAAAAGUCGACAUGCAUAUCUGUGGUUUUCUUUUUUAGUCCGCUGUUGUUUAAAAUAAAUGUACUGUUCUUUGUGCAUUUGUGGAAAAACCUGCACUUUCUGCUGUUCCUACACAGCCUGUGAUCGUAUUUAUUUGAACUGAUGAGGAACCAUGCCGUCGAUUUUUGUAAAGGCUUUUUCAGCACACUGUGACAUUCUUAGCAUUCAUCAGUCUGAAACAUGACACUGUGGAUUGUGGGUAGAAACUGUGGAGAUCUCAAAUUAUUCAUUUUAUUAAUGAACAGAAAUAAAAUUAAAAUAAAAACAGACCAAUUUACAAUGUUCAAAUUAAACAUUAUUUGGGAAUUUUAUUGUAAUAGUAUUUUAGGUGCUAUUAUAUGGAAUCUUUAUUUUAAAAAUCCUUGUUUUUAUUGCUUUUAUGUUAAAAUAUUUAUUUUCCAAUUUCAUGGUCUUAUUUAUUUAUUGACAUAUUUAUUUUAUUUUAUCAUUUCUUGUUUAAAAGCAUCCAUGAGCUCCAGAAAAACCUGUUCAGUGAAGGAAGUGGCCUUUAAAGUCUGCUCCUUUGGUAUUUUUGAAGAGUUUUUCAGCCAAAGUAGUGAGUGAUGUGACGGCUCUUUGUCCUGCCACAAUCCAAUCAAUGUGUUUCUCAUGUUUGGGGGAAAUCUUUUCUGUAUUACACUAAUGUUAAUUCCUCAGUAUGAAUCAGUUCUCAGGAAUUUUACUUUUGUGUUAAUUAUUUACAGUAGUUUCUUAAAUUUAACCCAAAGAAAUGAAAGUUUUUUGUUUUAGUUGGAAGACGAUAACUGAUUGUAUUUGUUUUGAUCUUGAAUGAAUUCAUGUAACGUUGUAUUUGUUUUGAUCUUGAAUGAAUUCAUGUAAAGUGACUCCAGUCAGUACCGGACAGCAGAAUCUCCUUGGUGGAAAAAGUGCCUGAACCCACGUUGGCAGUGAAAUAGUGAACAGUUUAAGUCACUGUUGACUUUUCUGUUUUUUUAAGCGGUUUUCUGAAAUCAUUUGGUUUUGUCUGGCAGAACAUGAUCACAACCUUCUUUGGAUUGUCAACUGUUGGUUCAGUAAAAUGAAAUUUGUUAAUAAAAAUCAGUAACUGAUGUGUAA